AUGCGAGUGGAAAGUGGAUUCGCAGAAAGAAGUCACAAUAUGCAGCCGCGAGCGCGGCUUGACAAUCUUGAAGACGUUAGCGCACUCGCACUUGAGCUUCAUUGUCAAUGCUCAGAUCUUUCUGGUCCAUACGAGAACGCUUCCAAACAUCUGGAGAUCUUACACGACACGCUCAACAAGGUGUCUGAGCUUUGGGAGGACGAGUCGACCGCACACGAGACUGCUGCCUUGAAUGAGGUAGUGAUUGAGUGUAGAAGGGUCCUCAAUGCCAUAGACCUCGCACUCGAUCAAGACCGACAACCCCUAGCCUACAACAGUUCCGAAGUCAAAUUCACAAUCCGCAUCGCAAUCAUCAGCGAGAGACUGCUCAACACCUACAAAGUUGCGCUUCAUGCGAGAGAGUCCAACGACUAUCCGUUGAUCGCUGUGCACGCGCACUGUGGAUUGAGGACAAGCUGUGAAUUGGAUGGAGCUACAAGCACUGCGAGCAAACUGCGACGCUCUCAGUUCACACAUCGGAGUGGCGCGGCAACAUCGAGUAUAAGUCGUCAUCUUGAGACCACUUGCGGGAUGGAAGACACCCGGCCUUCGCCCAUCGCCUUGGACAGCUGGAAAGCUCCAUUCGCGGUGGCCGACCCAAUGUCAAUUGACAUUGAGACUGCUUCUCGCCUGAUCCUGACACAAGACACGACCUCUCCGUUCAGAAACGAUGGCCCGACUGCCUUGGGAGCACCAAUUCAGCUUCCCAUCGGAGCUGCAGACACGGGUUGCCCGUGCGAUGGAAAUGGUUCAUCAACUGAUCWGAGGCAAGCCAGCACCGCUGCUUCCUUGAGCUGUCACGGAAUGGCUCCUCCAUCUGUCAAGGUCGACUCAGUCUACGAUGACGAAGAGGCGACUUCGAGACUGGCGCGUGAUGCACCGCGGAAGCUGCCAGACAACACACAUGGAAUUUUGAGCAGGCCACAAGCGCACACUGAGAUGCUUGCUCCGGGGAAUGGCAAUUCCUCAACAAAAGUACUUUCCCGACAAGAGCUACGGCAAUCAACUGGAUCCAAGUCAAAGUACCACAUUGUCAAUGCAGAUCCAUCAGAAUACGACAGUGAGACCUCUGAUAAUACUAGCGAAUGCGUGUCUGAGUCAGAUGAACAUCCUGACGACGAUGUUCCUAUCAUUCCUAGGAGAAACCCUAGGCGCACGCUUAGUUGUGGCUCUGCUGAGCCUCAGAAGCGUAUGGCCCAAGUUUUCACCUGGGAUAGUGCCGAUGGUGACGAUGCAGAGAAUCCUUGCUCGGCUUCUGUACAAAGUGAGUGUCAGUCUCUGGGCGCAGAGGCACAACCAAUAGAUUGCAAAGAGGGAGUAACCGCUGGAUUUGACAAUGCUCUCGAUCUGGAGGCGGCCAUCACAGCACGCAUCGUACAUUGCUGGAAUGUCGGUGAUCUGGCACAAGCCGAGCUGCACCUCGAAGAGUUCCUCGAGCAUCGACCAGAGUCGCGCCAAUUAGACGCCGAUAGACGAACACGACACCUGAUGGGCGUCAUCGCCAGCUUGAAGGGAAAGCAGGAGCAGGCUUUAUUUCACUUCUCCUUGGUUUUCAGCAAACGUGUACUCGAUAUCGCACACCUGGAAGUUGCGGACUGUGCCGCCGCGUUCUGGAUGGGUGAUAUAUACUGCCUGUCAGACCGCAGACUGGAGGCUCUGAUCGCGUACUCCAUAGCAGAGCAAGGUAUAGUCCAGAUGAAGGCCGAUCUCGCUGGAUCAACUCGGCAACAAAUCAUCGGACGACUACAAGCGGAGCAAGCCGUGUGCCGGAGUGGCGACAACAAAGCCUACUUCGAAAAGCAAUUGGACGAGAUGAUGCAAGGAGAUGGCUGUAAUGGCACAGACUCUAUUCUUAAUCGCAAUGUCAUGACUAGGGAUACCGCGCAUACACUCCUUGGGUUGAUCAAAUGGCCAGUGGAAGGUCCACACAACGCCAAAACGAACCAGAGUAGAGCAAUUGCGCUCUCCAAUGCCGACUCAAAGUCGACCACAUGGCAAGAAGUCCACGGCAUGCAACUCAGCGCCUCAGCUUUAGAACCAUCCGCGCCUUGGCCGAUGCCCUUUGACCCUCUUUUCGCAAUCGGAAAUAUAGCAUGUGGCCUAUCGCUCUCAUCUAGACAAGAUCUGCUCCAGCUCAAAACGAUCCCACGGAGGAGCGCCGCCUUGAGUCGCAGUCGCAUGAAUGGCUUCACGUGUCAAAAUCUACGUUGGCUGAUAGUGACUCUCCGAGCGUGUAUGGACAGACUCGAGCUCAAAUACACCGAAUUCGCCAACUCCACAGGCACGUGGUUCAUAUCAAAGUACGCAGCCAAUGACGGUGCGAUCGCCAGCACACGCUUCAUAUCGAUUUCCAUAUAUCGCUUGACGAUUCGAUCAGGCUUUGGCGUUGAGAUUUGUCCGGGUGGCAUCUUCAGUUCCAGAUUGACAAGCAAAGUUGAGAAGAAAGACGGCGAUGAGGGUAGUAGUCAUGGGUAUGAGCUUAAGCGGGUCAAGAAGCUCAUUCGAAACUACUUGGAUGCUGCUUUGCGGCGACAAGAAGCCAUUGAGGAUCGCAUUACUGUGGUUCCGGUCAUGAGUAUUAAUGGCGUGGCCAGCAUGCCAAGGGUAUCGUCGCCAAAGUUGAAGAAAAGGCAAUCGAGUUCGAUCAGUUCGCCGGCUACGUCGUCGAAGUCGGGGAGUUUGCUUGGUUGA